AUGAAGUCGCGGCCUCGCAUUCGAGACCUGGGAUACAGUCCUGGAAGAUUUAAGACAGGAAAAACGAACUCAUUGCUUGAUGUAGAAGGAGUUGCGGUUGGCCAAAAAACCAUCCACGAAGGUCAAGAUAUACACACUGGAGUCACCGUGAUCCUUCCCCGUGGAAUCGAAAAGACACGCCUCCUGCCAUGCUAUGCGGCAACCCAUGAUCUAAAUGGAAUGGGCGAGAUGACAGGUACCCAUGGCCUGACGGAAUGGGGCUUUAUCAGUGCACCGAUCGCCCUGACCAACACAGUCAGCGUGGGAAAAGUAUACGAUGCCCUCUUUCUAUGGCAACUGGAGCAGGGCGCCCUGGCGGGAGACGAUGAAGAACAAAUCAUGCGCCGAGUCAGCAUCCCCGUCGUGGCAGAAACAUUUGAUGGACUUCUCAACGAUAUCAGUGCAUCGGUGGUCGAUAAGCAGGUCGUCUAUGACGCUAUCGAGGCAUCGAAGACACAGACUGAGAUUUUAGAGGGAAACUACGGCGGAGGCACGGCAAUGAGAUGUCAUGGUUACAAAGGAGGUACUGGAACUAGUUCCAGAAUUGUACCCGGGGCUGACAAGGAUUAUACACUUGGUGUACUUGUGCAGGCAAAUCAUGGGCAGAAGGAUGAUCUCCGUAUUGGGAACGUGCCCGUUGGAGAGUUUCUGCUCAGGGAAGAAGCUAAAGUUCGAGCUGCCUCGAAGAAAGAGGAGACACAGUUCCCCAAGGGAGGAAAGGCAGCAGAAGGAAGCAUUAUAAUUGUUGUCGUUACCGAUGCGCCGUUACUCCCACACCAAUUGCGACGGAUUGCGCAGCACGCGGGGAUGGGCGUCACACAAGUUGGUGGUCACGCUGCGGGACGAAACUUCUCAGGCGAAAUAUUCCUCGCUCUAUCCACAGGAACUUCUCCAAAUGAACUGGCUACAUCAUCUAGCGGGUUUGACUACCUGCCUCCACUCGAAACACAGCAAGUAGAAACACUCAAGAACGAGGUGAUUGACUCAUUAUUCUAUGCAACUUCAGAGGCGACAGAAGAGGCCAUCUUGAACUCCAUGUGCCGCGCGGAACCGCUGACAGGAUUCAAAGGACGUGCUCAACCUGCAUUGCCUGUUGAUAGGGUCAAGGAGCUGCUGGAUAAGUAUAUGGUAAAGUUUGAAGAUGCAUGA